GACUGUUACGAGAUUUGGCUGGUUGAGAGGAAGAAAGUAAUAUGGUGUGAAGAUAGUGAGGAGGAGAGGAAUGGGCAUCCACGGUCUCCUGCGCGAACUUGGCCCGCCACCGCGCAUCUCCCUCGCCAAGCUCUCCGCCGACCACUACGCCACCCACUCCCGCCCACUCAUCCUCGCCAUCGACAUCAGCAUCUGGCUCUUUCAAAUCCAGUCGGGCAAAGGUGGCUCCAACCCGGCCUUGCGUACUUUCUAUUACCGCCUUCUGCGUCUACUAACCCUCAACAUCUGGCCGCUGUUCGUCUUCGAUGGCCCCAAUAAACCCCUCUUCAAGCGCAACAAGAAGGUCGGCGGGCCUGGCGUCAGAGUCGCAACGGUACCGGAGUUCUUGGCCAAGCAGCUGUUGAAGGAGUUUGGCUUCCCUUGGCACAUAGCACCUGGUGAGGCUGAGGCAGAAUGCGCGCUGUUGCAGCGCGAAGGCGUGGUGGACGCCGUGUUGAGCGAGGAUGUAGACACGCUCAUGUUUGGCUCCGGCGUGACGUUCCGGAGUUGGAGUGCGGAAGGGAGCACAACGAAAAGUCCCACGCACGUCUCGGUGUAUCGAGAAGAAGAAACGAAGCAACGCAGCCGAGGCUUGGAUAGGGACGGCAUGAUUUUGGUGGCCCUGAUGAGCGGUGGCGAUUACCUACCGGAGGGCAUACCUGGAUGUGGACCGAAGGUGGCCUGCGAUGCUGCACGCGCUGGGUUUGGGAAGGAACUGUGUGCUCUUGGGGCGAAGGAUACAGCAGGCUUGCGGCUAUGGAGGGAGAGGCUGCAGCAUCAGAUCCGCACAAACGAGGCGAAGUACUUCAGCAGGAAAAAUGGCAGCUUCACCAUGCCCGAGAAAUUUCCGAAUCUGGAGGUGUUGGGCUACUAUACCCAUCCUUGUGUGUCCAAACAGGACAAGGUGCAGAAACUGCGCGACGGCUUGAAGUGGGAUCAAGACAUUGAUUUUGCCGCGUUGAGGACUUUCACAACUGAUGCCUUCGACUGGCGCUUCCGUAACGGCGCGAAGAAGUUCAUCAAGAACCUGGCGCCAGCUAUGCUCACGCGGCAGUUACGGAUGACCACAGACCAACCGACUCCGGAAGCUCAGGCAGAAGCUGAAGGCAAGCUUGUCAAGGCCGUACAUGGCAGGCGCAACCACAACAGCACGGAUGGCACGCUCGAAUAUCGCGUCUCUUUCAUACCGGCACGCCUUGUCCCGAUCGACCUUAGUAUGGAGGAAGAAGAGGACGAAAUUCGCCCUGCGGAUCCCGACCGAGAUGCAGAAAGCGAGCUGGAUGACGACUUCACUUCUAUACCACUUUCGGUGGCCAGCGGAGACGAAACUGAGUCGGGGGCUCCAGCAUCCCCAACCAAGAAACGACAGUACAGACCGUACGAUCCUGCGGCGCCCGAGAAGGCCUGGAUUAUCCGAAGCUUUUUGCAGGUCGGCUGUCCCUUGCUGGUGGAGGAGUACGAAGCCAGCUUUCGCGAUCCGAAGCAGUUCCUCAAGCAGAGACACAAGGCUAAAGCUGUGAAAGCAGGCAGUGGCAACCUACGUACUAAGGCAAAGCAAAAGAAGAACGCAAUCACUGACAUGCCGCACAAUGCGCUUAUGGCGUUUGCGAACAUUACGAAAGCGGUAUGCAUCAUUGAGCCAAGAGACCCGCUGAAGGAUGGUAUGUCGCAAGGUAACACGCAGCCUCGAGCAGAAGAGAUGGCCUCGGAAGCAGCAAGCGGGUUCAAGAUGCCAUCAAGGCAGAUUUCUGCGCGUUUGCUUACGCAUGCGAAAGCAGAUUUACCGGUAGAGCAGCCGUAUGGAACAGAAGAUCUGAGCGACACGCCUCGUCCAUUUGCUGGCUUCGCGGUCAAGCGUACGGUCGCUGCACGGUCGCCAAAAGGUACCGUUCCGAGGGCGAAAGAUCCGCGGGCGACACCAACCCGCCGUAAGAGACCGUCGCUGGACCUUUCUUCUCCAGCUACGAGCCAACGAACCAUCGCAAGCUACUACUCGCCAUCUCCCCACAAGGAGCAGCGGCAGCAAAAGAGAGAGUCCAACUUCAUCAGCCUAAUAUCUAGUUCACCAGCGAGGCCGGUCACGACGAGCACUUGGAUACCUUCUCCACCCAACCUGCGGCACGAAUUCGUGCGCUCGCCGUCCCCAGUACAGCCAGCAAUUAUUGCAUUGCGGAACCAAUCUGACAUAUACGACUUCUCUCCCGGUAAGCUACCGGAUAGUGUCACCAAGCGGCGCAAAAAAGGGCCUUUUAAACGGCACCAGACCGCUCCCGUGCUGGGUGCCGACGACGUAUUGGAAGAGAUCGUGCUUCUGCCUACAACUGGCUUGAGGUCAGUAACGCCGGAGCUGUUUGGUGAGAUCCAUACGGUUGAGGCAAUGGAUCUUGCGAGCCCGUCACCGGCACGGCGAAGUGGCGGCUUCUUGUUGGAGAGCGAUGCCAACCUGCCAAGUCCGAACCUCCUGUUUGAGGGUAGGGGUGAUCGUCUGACCAGACCGGCUGCAGCGAGCAGGGAUGUAGAAGAGAGACCGCCAUCAGCAAAUGAGACACCAGCGUCCAUUGACGAAGACAAGGCUAGGAAGACAAUCCCGCCAUACCGUCGAGUGACCGCCCAGGGUCAGCCAACCUCAAUUGUGACAUGCACCUCAAAAAAACAUCCGACACCGCGGUCACCGUCCGUGUCCAUCGCUCCUCGAUCUCUUCGACGCUCACCGCGCCAAGCACAGAAGAAGAAGGCUAUCCUUCUCCGUCAGAGCUUGGAAGGAGCGUGGAGGGAAAUCGAUGCGGAGACAUUGGAUAUGAGCGGAGAUGGCAGUGGAUGGAAGCCCAGUAAAGGACGAGCUGACAUUGUUGGCGUGGAUGGCAAAGCGAGGGCUUAUCGGAAGAGCGGCGUUGAUGUGCUGGACUUGACCGGAGCUUAAGGCUUAGAGUUCAGGUAUAUGUACUCCUUGGGGAAUUUUGUGGGUUUGAGACUUAGCGUUGGCGUUGGCGGCAGUUCAUCAUUGUAUCUUUUGGUCUUUGAUGGUACGCUCAAUACCUAGACCUGGUAGGCAUGCUCGGGGCAUUGAUAGUUCGAAUCGUUGGCCGAGUACGGGGAUUAUUAUCCUGCGACAAUGGCAGCGACAAUGACAUAGGAUGCGAGUAACCUUGAUACCGUCAUCCUGCAUUAUGCUCUUCAAUUCCUUCAGUCGCCGAUACUGAUGACUACGAGUAGAUACGAGGUCCAGAACAUGUCU